AUGGAAGAACUCCUCAAACAUCUCACGGAGGUGAGCAUCCGCCAGCAACAAAUAAUGGAGCACGUGGCCUCUCGACAAGGCGAGACAGGCGAGGACUCGCCGAGCUCCGUUCGCCGCCGCCCAGCGUAUCCCGCUCCCGAUCCCCGAGUGCGGGCGACCCAACUCCUCCCUAAAAUGACUGUCCACGACGACCCGGAACACUUCCUACAAAUGUUCGAGGCCGUCGCGCUCCGGGAAGAUUGGCCGCCGGAGGAAUGGGCCCGAAUCAUCGCUCCCCUUUUGACCGGCGAGGCACAGCGAGCUUACUUCACGUUACCCCGGAGAAGGACUGGGAGUAUAAGCCCCGCCUACCGGUCCGCGCCCAGGCGGCCGAACUCUCGCGACUGGCCCGACAUUGGCUCCUCGUCGGGAACCUCACGGCCAGUCAAGUGGCUGAGAGGGUCGUCGUGGACAGGCUUCUCCGGCGCUACCCGUCCCCUUGACAAGCCGCUGGGAUGCGCAACCCCUGACCAUCGGGAAGUCGUCGAGGCCAUCGAACUGGCGGAUGCCACCCUUCAUCGAGAGGCGGGGGAGCGAGUGACGCCUUUUCCCCGGAGGGUGGUCCAGGAGCGACGCACACCGGAGGGCACCCCGCGACCGGUAAACAGGCCAGCGGUUCCCGGCCCCCAGGAUGAGCCCAUGCCCACCGAACCCCCUCGCUCUCCAAACAGGGCUUGGCUGACAGGCUGCACCCUGCACCAGGAACCACCCUUUUCCGGCCCACAGACGGAGGUACGGAUUAAUGGACGCCCAUUCCCCGCCCUCUUGGACUCAGGCAGCACCGUAAGCCUUAUACACCCGGCCGUCCUGCCCCCGCGGGCCGAAUCCAAGGCCCUCCUAUCCGUAACCUGCGUCCAUGGGGACACGCGGCAGGUGCCCGCUCGGCGGGUCAACAUCUCGGCGGCCCAGGGAACCUGGCCCGUGGAAGUGGGGAUUAUUAAGGACCUGCCCAUCCCAGUCCUCCUCGGGAGAGACUGGCCGGGUUUCGACCGCUCCCUAGCCGCCAGCCAGCCUGUCAGCCCUGCCGGGAACCGCCGUCACCGGAAACCCAGACGCAGUCUCCGCCGUUGCCCCGUGUUGCUGGCAUCUGACAGCGCCCGAGACGAAGACAGCAUGUGACCGGUCCCCACCGAACCACAGAGCACUGCACCGAUCCACCACUUCAGAAGCACGAAAGGAUUGAGUUGGAACACUGCACGGAGCACCGCACCCCGAACUCACCAUUUGACACAAAUAAAUCCACCCUCCGGGGUUUUCUUGACUUCAAAACAGUCUCAUUGUCGUGUGUGAUUCCUCACCCCCGCCACAAUACAAACACACGUUCACUCACCAGACAUUCACACAAACAUGCGCUAUUAAUUCACUGCGAUGCGACUUGAUCACACACACAAGUGUGUGCACUUGAAGGAAGCCCAACAAAUCUCUCUGCAGCGCUGCACUACGGGUCACAGUAACAAGCCACCACACAGCAGCUGUAAUGUUAGGAUAUAUAUUUAGACGAGGCGAUACAGGUGUUCUCUGUUUCCGUUCAUUCACUCUGUGCUGCAGUUCCUUUUAAUGACUCCUUCUGACCCCAAAUUCCCUGUACUAGCUGCACGUCACAACAGG